AUGCCGAGAGUUAUUUUAUCCUCGAAACUAUCUCAAACGGACUCAAUUUUCUUGCAGCCAUGGAUUGAAGGUUUACUGAGGGAGUCUUUACAGAAGAAAACAUACCUGCCUGGAAACCAGCAGAGAGAGGUUCCUUCUUUAAAUGAAGCAGAUCUACGAGCACCACAAUGUAGCCCCAAAGUCUUAACCAAUCACUGCCAUUUUACUAAGGUAACUAAAUUUUUCAAAAUAAAUAACUAUGCCAUCUCUGCAUCUAUAAGAGACAGCAGAUUCCAACUACUUGUUGAAUUCACUCCCAAAUGCGUCUCGAAUUUUGAAAGACGACACCACCGUCGCUUAACUUCCGAGACAUUGAAUUGCCUUCUAGUUAUUGGUGAUGCUGCUAUCAUCUACAAGUCAAGAGAUCAAAUUACUACUCAGUUCGGUAAUAUUGAUUUUAUUAUUUCAAAAAAUGUUAGUCCAUUAGUACCAAUUUUACAGAUUAACCAAGCUUCUUUAUUUGAUGGUGACCAAGUACAACAUUUGCGUUCAUUUCCCUUUGUUUAUUCAACCUUGUAG